AUGGGAGGCACCGAUGAGGAAGGCAGAGAGGCACACCCGACUCCGCCCAUCCGGCUAAUGUGGACUGUGCCUCUAAGUGUGAAAUUUAGCGAUGAAUCCUUGACGCAUACACUGCUUGAUUUAUGGGCAGCUGGUCAAGAAACCACAGCUACAACACUGAAAUGGGCCUUCGCUUAUCUUCUGAUGUACCCAGAGGUGAAAUCCAAAGUGGAGCAGGAGCUUCGAAAUGUUACCAAGUCCAACCGGCCUCUUUCCCUAGCGGAUCGGACAGAGACUCCUUAUUUCAAUGCGGUAUUGACCGAAAUCCAUCGAUGUGCAGCGAUUUUCCCUAUGAAUCUUUCACGGAGAGUGAAUGGCGACAUAUCUGUUGGAAAGUACACAAUACCCAAUGGAACGUCCAUCAAUGUUCAGCUGUCACUUAUUAUGUCUGACCCUAAAUAUUUCUCAGAUUUCUACAAGUUCGAUCCGGAUCGCUACAUGAAAGGGCAGAAAGUGGAAGAACAAGUGAUUCCCUUUGGAAUAGGAAAGCGAAAUUGUCUUGGUGAAUCAUUAGCACGAGCGGAGUUGUACCUCAUUAUUGGUAAUCUCCUCUUACGAUUCGAUGUAUCGACUGAUCCAGAACAUCCACCUGUGGACAAGGCCAAAGGAGUGAUGGGAGUUGUCCGAAAAGUCUCUCCAUAUCAUGUUGUUUUCAGUCGUGCUUAA